GAUUUUCAAAGUUUCCAAAAUCGGAUUUCAUUCUUAACCUAACAUCAUAGAACUCUUAACCCUAAAUUUGGCUCCACCAGUACAUCUCCUCUUCUCUCUAAACCGAGCGACCGCACCACUACCAUCGAUGCUGAGAAGAUAUUGGAUUGACUGUAUCACCGCUACCUACAUAAGUGAUCGGGACUAAAAACAUCCUUAUAGCAAAAAAAUGGUGGAAUUAUGCCAAGGUGUUUUGAUAUUAAAGAGGCUAUUCACUAAGGAAAUAAAGGAGAUAGCAUAUGUUCUACGUUCUAGGGUAACUGGCGAGCAAGUUUUGAAUUGCAAUUUGACGUGAUGCUUCAAUCGAGGUGAAUUGAUGUCUGUUUACUCAAAUCAUGUGCGAUCAACAACCAUUGCCCCUUGGGGACUGGAAAAGAUGAAAUGCAGAAGACCAUGGCGCAAACUCCGUUGUCGGAAGACGUUGGUGUGUCUAUAUCUUGGAUUGAGACCUCCGACACCGUCUCCCGCCACUUCUUCUUUCAACCAGACGGCCAAUUCUCCGUGAAGGUGCUUGACGAUCAAGACCAGUUGUCCACAAAAUGGCUGAAUCUUUCGUCAACAAAUUCUUCCCCUCUGGUUUUCCAUAUAGCGUCAACGAAGGAUACCUUAGAUAUACUCAAUUUCGGGCAUUACAACACUUCUCAAGUGCAACACUAUCCGUUUUAUCAACUCAGUCACUGCUAUAUGCUGCAGGCUUGAGACCUACCCCUGCACAAGCAACUGCAGUUAGUUGGGUACUAAAAGAUGGAAUGCAGCAUAUGGGAAAACUAAUAUGUAGCAAUUUAGCUGAUGUGCUAUACGACUUGGGCACUGGUCUCGAAAUCGUUUCCCCAUUAUGCCCUCAACUGUUUCUUGAAACAGCUGGGCUUGGGAAUUUUGCAAAGGGAAUGGCUGUGGUAGCUGCAAGAGCAACAAGAUUACCAAUUUAUUCUUCAUUUGCAAAAGAAGGAAAUCUUAGUGACUUAUUUGCAAAAGGAGAAGCCAUCUCAACCGUGUUUAAUGUGCUCAGGUUAGGUGCCGGGAUCCAGUUGGUUUCAACAGUUUGUUCAUCUAUGCAAGGAAAGAUGGUUGUUGGGUCUCUUCUUUCUGUAAUACAUGUAUACAGUGUAUCUGAGGAACUGCGAGUUGCUCCUGUUAACACAUUAAAUCCACAAAACAACUGCAAUGAUUAUAGAAGAUUUCAUUAAGGUGGUAUACGUGUAUGUGUGUGUAUGGCAGUUAGAUGCAGCAUAUUAGAAAGAAAUGAAAUGGGUCCAACUUGAUUUGCUUUCUGAAUACAAGUGGAAUUUCUCAAAUCUCGAAAAUCAUACAACUGGAUGCAUUUGAAGAGGGUGGGGUAUUACAUGGGUAAAAAGUCUUUCUCUCAAGUACAGAAUGUAAUCAAUCAAAAAUAACCUUAAUACCUAUAGUGGUUGCUGUAAGUAGAACAAUUUCAUUGUUCUUAUAAUGGUCAUUGUUAACAACAUUCUUGCCUUAAGCACUAUUACAUAAAACACCAUCAAAUCCUCAGCUGUUACAACUCGAUGCUUGAAAUAUUGAUUGUUUCGUGGGUUUUAGUAUGCCUGGGAAAAAUGAUGCUUGGAAUAUUUGUAAUCUUUUAGUGGGUUUAAGUAGCUUUUUCCCAGACUGAAUAAAACAAGAGCUCCAAUUAUGCAGGUGUGAUUUUUCUUCACUAUUUUUGUUGUUUCUAUCCCUAUUAGCUAUCACUAUUGAAAAUUUGGUGUAUUUUAUCUGCAU